AUGGCCGACUUCAUCCGCCGCGACACCGCCCAACUCUUACAAGACGUCCCAGACGCCACGAGGGAAACUAUAAUAGGCGCGCUAGAAGUGGCCCUUGAGCACCGCGACUGGGAAGAGGACCGGGACGAUAUUUACGAGCUCCUCUUGCGAGCAGACGUGGCCGACGCCGCGCUACGCUGCGACAAGCUGGCCGCGGCGAUCGGUUUACUGAGUGAUGAGCUCCUCGACGACGACGACCGCGAACCCGCCUGGGUCUCCGUCGCCGUCAAGGUCUUCGUGGUCGGCGCGGCGACAGCGCUGGCAAUAGCGACGCGCGACGAGCUGAGCUGGCCCAUGGUCGCGACAGUAAUAGCGCUGGGCGCGGCGGCCUACGCGCUGCGCGGCGAGACGCUCGGGGACAACGAGCACGUGUGAAGGUGGCUGCCAGCCCCGACGCCAUCGACGAGAAAUGUGAAGAGUAAUUGUGUUUUAACGAACU